AUGUCGGCGACCCAAGUGACAGCGGGUGGGAUUGCGCCGAGCUACGACUACUUCAAGUUUACGCCGGACAGGAUCUCGGUCACCCCUCCGCUGGUCGGUCGACCCGACAUUCUCACCUGGAAGGAAGCUAUUGAGCCCCAGUUGGAGAUGGCCGGGCUGAUCGGCUUCGCCCGAGGGACCGUGGCGACGCCGGUGGAGCACCACCCCGACUUGCGUGCGGAGUUUCGCGCCGUGCAGCUGUUGACCUUCACGGUCAUCUUGCGGUGCUGCUCGCCGGGCGUGCAGAUCGCCUUGAAGUGGUGCCAGGAGUACAUCAACGCCGGCCACUGGGCGUGGCACUUCAUUGAGUCGACGUACCAGGUCACCGACGACCUGUUCAUCGCCCAGCUGGAGGGACAGCUGACACACAUGCGUAUGGGCGACGAGGAGAGUGCGACCGACUACUGCAACCGGGCACGGCGAAUUCUCGCCACCAUCAGGAUGGCCGGCGCGCAGUACUCCACGGCGUCGUACAUCACCCAUGUCAUGCAGGGACUUUCUAGCAGCUAUAACCUCCUGAAGCGGGUGUCUAUGGCGCCGAGUACGAGGGCGACGCUCAACGAGGACAACCUGACCUCGUACAUCCUGCAGGACGAGGCGAUCCAGGAGGCUGAGCGUGACUCCGACGACGAUGACGCUAAGGGAGGCCGUGGGAGGUCUGGCAGCCGUCGUCCUCGUCGUGGAGGAAACCAGCCGUGCAAGGAGAAGCAGUCGACGACAUCGACUUCGGCGAACGACGCCGACUCCGCUGUAGGAGGCAAGGGGCGAGACGACAAGACGGCGUCGUGUUCGCUGGUCGGCGUCGUGGAGCCGACCAUCUCUCUGGCGCCGGAGGCCGGAGAGGACUUCCAGGCGGUGGCGGCAGCUGUGCAGGCGAACCCGGCGGUGGUCCUGCUCGACAGCGGUUGCUCCCACCACCUGAUGGGGACGAAGGAAGCCUUCGUUGACCUGCAGCCGAGCGGCGCCAUCAGGCAUGUGCGCGGCUUCAAUGGGGCGCUGCAGGACGUCCAUGGCCGUGGCACCGUCGCCCUGCAAGGAGAGGCCGGGAAGGAGGUGCUCAUCCCCGACGUGCUGUACGUCCCGGGUGUGCGAGCCAACCUGCUGUCGGCCGGCCAACUGAAGGAGCACAGCGUAAAGCUGCAAGAGGACGGAGAUGGCAUGCUGCUCGUCUCGGCAGCAGGGGAGGUGCUCGGGCGGGCGACGUACUCCGGGCGAGUUCUCUGCACCGACCUGCGUCCCUGCACGACGACGUCAGCGUCGACCACGACGGAGGUUGUGGCUGUGCGGGCGAUCGUCUCGAAGACGAAGUCGACGCCGGACCGGAUGCAUGCGUGGCUUGCACAUGUCGGCAUGGACACCAUACGGAGCUCGGCAAAGAACGAGGUCGCCAUUGGGCUGGACCUCAAGUCGGCGACGGACGCCGAAUCCCCGUGUGUCUCGUGCGUCGGCGGGAAACUGGCGCGGCACACCUUCUCCGACCAAGGCUCCGACGUCGAUGCUGUGCUGGCCGUCGUGCACAUCGACCUGUGCGGGCCGUUCCGCGUGGCUGCGAAGGACGGCAGUUUGUACUUCUUGCUGCUGAAGGACCGCAAGACCCGCUACGUGUGGGUAAGGACGGUCGCCAAGAAGUCGGAUGUGCUGCUGGAGUUCCAGAAGUGGCUGGUGUUGGUGGAGAGACAGGUGAAGAAGUCGGUGCUGAUGCUGCGCUCAGACCGAGGAGGGGAGUUCCUCGGGAAGAAUUUCACCGACUUCGUGGGCGGAAAGGGGAUCGUCCACGACCUUACCUGCCCUUACACCCCGCAGCAGAACGGCAUGGCGGAGCGGGAGAUGAGGACAGUGGUGGAGUCGGUGCGGACAAUGCUGCUGCACAUGGGUGUGCAGCACCACUGGUGGCACCUCGCUCUCCGGCAGGCCGUCUGGGUCCGCAACUGCCUUGAGAGGUCGGCGCUGCCGCCGGGGACGACGCCGUACCAGCUGCUGACCGGGAAGAAGCCCGACUUGUCGCUGGCGCGGGUGUGGGGUUGCAUGGCGCAGUUCCUUGUCCCUGAGCAGCAGCGUGGUGGGAAGCUAAAGCCGAAGGCCAGGUGGGGCCUGCACCUUGGCGUGUCGGCGGCGAGCAAGGGCUGGGAGCUCCUCGACGUCGACACCGACCGGGUGGUCACCACGUCGGACGUGGUGUUCUACGAGGAGAUGUCGCUGGCCGAGUGGAAAACGGAGCAUGGGCCGGUGUCCGGCCGCCCGUCGUCCACCCCGCCCUCUGACACUUCGUCAGCGACGCUGCCGCUACUUGCCGAGGUCGGCGAGCUUGCUACUGAGGAUGUCGAGGACGCCCGCCCCCCUACCCCUCCUCCUCCGAUCCCUGCCCCUCCCCUCAUGGCCGACCUGCGUGGGCUGACCUCGGUGUUGGCCUCCGGCGAUGAGGGGAGUAGUGGGACGUCGCCUUCGGCCAAGUGCAUCACUGGUGGCCGACGUGACGAGCGGCAGGUCGACGUGGGAUUGCAGUCAACGUCGACAGGGGAGGAGCAGGACGAGGAACAGCAGCUGACAGGGGAGCAAGCAGCAGCGACGCCGACCAAGGAGCAAUCGGCGACCGGGUCGUCGGCUGGGACGCCGACCACAGGGGAGAAGUCGGCUGGGACGCCGGAUGAGGAGCAGCAGGACGCCAAGGGCAGCGACGACGGCGACGAUGGAGGGGAUGCCGAGGAGGUUCAGCCGGGACCACGACGUUCAGGCCGACUUCGGAGGCCGCCUGACUUCUUCGUCCCCGCUGCCUUCAGCACGGUGUACGACAUGGACGAUGAUGAUGACGACCUGCUGUACGACGACGCCGAGGAAGAUGAGGAGUUUCCGGAGCUCGACCCCGACAUGCUAGCCGACCUUGAGCACCGUUGA